AUGGCUUAUCAAAAGGCUUGGAUUAUAUUUAUUCUUAUUUUUGUAUUCAUUAUAAAUGUUGUUUAUGAGUCUUUAUAUGAUCACAUAUAUGUAAGAUAUAGUUUUUUUUCUUUUUCGCAUAGUUUUGUUAUAAAUAAGGGAGAAAAUAAUAUACACCAAAUUGAAAAACUACAAAAAAAAAACAGAGAAAUCAUAUCUUUUUUGCAGAGUGAAUAUAUACUUCAAGAAUUUAACAUUCAAAAAAAUAUAAAAGAUAAUGUUAAUAGUAACAUUAAAAAAAAAAAAAAAAGAAAAAAAGGAAGAAAUUCAAAAAAAAGCUCUAAUAGUAAUAAAAUAUAUAAUGAGAUUCAAGGUAUCAAUCUUAAUGAAAUAACAAGUUAUAACAAUGACAUUAAUGCAGAAAAGGACUAUGAAAUAAAUAAAAAAAAAGUAAAUUUAAAAAGUGGAUGCAACCAUAGCGCAAAAAAAUGCAUAAAUGGAAAAAUUAAAAAUUUUGUAAAAUUAAUGAGGGAUAUUGAUGAUAUCCAAAAUGUAAAAAAAUAUUCAACAGAAACACACGAGGAAAAUGUAUAUGAUGACGAACAUCAUACAGUAGUUGUAUUUGAUGGUGUAGAUGAGGAAAAAGACUUAUAUAAUAAAUACAAAAGAAAACAAAAAAAUGGCAUGAAUACAAUAGUUAUACAAGGGACAGAAUACUUAGGAGUAGGUUAUGAUUUUAUUUUUGGAAAUCCAAUAGGGGAUCCAUUUUUAAAAGUAGAUCCAGGAUAUAGAGAUUCAAUAAUAAAAUUGACAUACCCUAAAUCAGAUAUAGAUUAUCCGGAUGGCUAUUUGAAUAUAAAUCCAAAUGGCUCUUAUGUAAGAAAUGAGAUAUCCUGUAAUAGAUCUGAAAAUGAAAGUGAAGUGAGUUCAAUGAGUGAAUAUACAAAGGAACUUUCAGUUGACGCAAAAAUAGGUGCUUCUUAUGGAUUGUUCGGAUCCUUUUCAGCAUCUACGGGUUAUAAAAGUGUAUCUAAUACUAUUUCAAAAAAGAAAUUUAGAAUUUUUAUGUUAAAAAGCUACUGCUUUAAAUAUAUGGCAUCUUUAUCACAAUAUUCUCAAUGGAAACUCACUGAUCAAUUUGUAAGAGCAAUUUCUUUACUUCCCUCUUAUUUUAAUUCAUUGGAACAAGAUGGAACUUACUGCAGUGCUGAAGAAUUUAGAGAUAAUAGAAAAACAGAAAAGUGUGGUAAAAGUGUUUAUUCUUGGAUGUAUUUUUUCAAAAAUUUUGGAACGCAUGUUUCGACUCUUAUACAUUUGGGAGGAAAAAUAACACAACAAGUAAAAAUCUCAAAAAAUGAAUAUAAGUCAUUGAGUGAAAAUGGAUUAUCUGUGUCUGUAAAUGCUUCUGCUGGCUUUGGUUUAUUUAAAGCAAAUGCAUCUGCUAGUACUGAUUCUAAUGAAUCCAAUAAAAAUGCUUCUUCUAAUUCUAGUAUGGAGAAGGAAACUGUAAUAAUUGGAGGUACAACAAUUUUCGAUCCUAAUAAUCCUAAAAAUUUUGAAAAGUGGGCAAAAAGCAUAAAGGAUAACCCAAUGCCUAUUAAAGGGGAAUAUGAGCCAUUAUCAAGAAUAUUGCCUAUUCGUUUAUCUAAAGUUUAUGAUGAAGCGUUGAAUUUUUAUAUUUCAGUGAAUGUUCCUAUUAAUAUAAGAGAAGUAACAAAUGAUGAAAUCAAACAAUAUAAUCUUAAAGAUGAAUUAAUGAAGUCUAAAAUAGUUUAUGAAAGUGGUACAGGAUUAGUGGUGCUUGAAUGUGAAGAAAAGCAAAAUUUUAUUUUAGGAUUUUCUUUAUCAAUACCUAAUGAUUUAUCAAAGUUAGAUGAUUUUUAUAUGAAUACAUGUGAUGGAGAUUCUGAUAAAUGCUAUUCAAAAAUGAGUGAUAAUGUAUACAGUUAUUUAUUUGCUAUGUGCAAUGAAGAAAUGAUACCUUUCCUUGAACAAAAAGUAAAAUCAGGAACUAGUUUAUUGACACUAGAAUGUUCAGAAAAAAAUCAAAUUAUUUUGUUUGGAUUUGGUAUUAGCGUAUUAAAUUCAAAUGAUCCUAUUUCAAUUUCUAUGUAUCCAUGUAAAUAUGGAAAACCCUCUUGUUCUAUGCAAGGAUCUACAGAUAAAUCAGCUGUUGGAUUAUGGAUAGUAUGUGGGCAUGAGGAAUCUUUUAAUUCAAAAUUUUCUGUUAACGUUAAAAAAUUAGAGUAUGAAAAUAUUUCUGGGAAAAAAAAGAAGCAUGUAGAUAUUUGUCCACAAAAUGUACUAUUUAAUUUGCUUUUUGAAUUUACUAAUAUUUCUCUUAAAAAACGUAAUGGUUCGUGUUUCUCUGUAAAUUUUACUUGCCCAAAUGAUUUUCAUAUUUGUUCAGAUAAAAAGAAUAAAAAAACAUUUACUUAUUAUUCUUUAUCAGUAUAUUAA